CCCCGGCCCCAUCCCCGGCCCCGGGGGAUGCCCCCGGCGGGCCCGCCCUCAUGGCCGCCGACGUCUUCAUGUGCUCUCCCCGCCGGCCCCACGGCGGGGCCCGCCCGGUGCUGCUCAAAGCUCCGGCUCCCGACGACGACGACGACGACUCGGACACUGAUGAGCCCUCGGCCCUCACCGCGGCCCCCGCGGGCUCCGGCCCCUCGGGCGGCCCGGGCGGGCCUCGGUCCGGCCCCGCCGCCGCCCCCGCCCCCGGCGGCCCGGACGAGGACGAGGACGAGGAGGCGGAGGAUGAGGAGCCCGGGGGGCGGCGGCGGGGCCGGCAGCAGAUCAUCCACAGCGGCCACUUCAUGGUGUCGUCCCCGCACCGCGAGCACCCGCCCAAGAAGGGCUACGACUUCGACACGGUCAACAAGCAGACGUGCCAGACGUACAGCUUCGGCAAGACCAGUUCGUGCCACCUGUCCAUCGAUGCGUCCCUCACCAAGCUCUUCGAGUGCAUGACCCUGGCCUACAGUGGGAAAUUGGUAUCUCCCAAGUGGAAGAACUUCAAAGGGCUAAAGCUGCAGUGGAGAGACAAGAUCCGGCUGAACAACGCCAUCUGGCGGGCGUGGUACAUGCAGUACUUGGAGAAACGGAAGAACCCCGUGUGCCACUUUGUGACCCCCUUGGAUGGCUCUGUGGAGGUGGAUGAGCAUCGCCGUCCAGAGGCCAUCACCACAGAAGGGAAGUACUGGAAACGUCGAAUUGAGAUUGUGAUCAGGGAAUAUCACAAGUGGAGAACGUACUUCAAAAAAAGGCUACAGAAGCACAAGGACGAGGAUCUAUCCAGCUUGGUUCGGGAUGAUGACCUGCUUUUCUGGCAUAAGAGUGGGGAUGGGUGGGACACCCCAGUCCCCAUGGAAGAAGAUCCACUCUUGGACACAGACAUGCUCAUGUCAGAAUUCAGUGACACCCUCUUUUCCACUCUUUCAUCACAUCAGCCAGUGGCCUGGCCCAACCCACGGGAAAUAGCACAUUUGGGAAAUGCUGACAUGAUCCAGCCAGGGCUAAUUCCUCUACAACCAAACUUUGACUUCAUGGACACAUUUGAACCUUUCCAGGACCUUUUCUCAUCCAGCCGCUCCAUCUUCGGCCCUACACUUGCUGGAUCUACUCCUUCAACUGCAGCAGACUCCAAUAGUCCACCAGCACAGGGGCCUGUCCUGUCAGCCGGUGCUCUGCCCACUGUGAGCCUCCCUGACAGCCUCAUUGUCCCAGCUGGGCCAUCCUCCCUAAGCCCCACAGAAAGGCGCAGCUGUGAGCGUGGGCCCCGACUUGGAGGCUAUGGCCCAGCCACAGACUAUGAGAGCCCUGAGCCGCCACUGAGUGGCGCACAGACUUUCCUCCCAGUGUUUCCAGGUUCCCUGCUCUCUCCCAGCCCAGCUCCAACACCAUCUUCACCUGAAAUGCCAUUAGUGCCCCCUCCAGCGGCCACUUUGAAUGCCCAGGCUCCAUCUGCUUUUCUGCAGCCGCAGAAGUUUGGAGCUGGCAAGUCAUCCUCAGUCAUCACCCACACAGCUUCGGCUACCUUUACCCACGAUGCCUCUGCAACGACUUUUAGCCAGAGCCAGGGCCUUGUGCUAACAGCACAACAGCCAGCCCCGCCAGGACCGCCCUGUAGCUUGGCAGUGCCUCCGGCAGUUGGGCCAACCCAAUCUCGCCUGACUUUUGUCUACCUUAAAUCUAUGCCCUUGGCUAGUGGGCGGGCCAAACAGCCCCCUAAAAUAGUGCCUGCUCCAAAACCUGAGCCUGUGUCCUUGCUCUUAAAGAAUGCUUAUAUCACCCCAGCUGCCUUUUCAGGACAACCCCAAGCAGUGAUUGUGACCCCUGGUCCUCUGAAGAGAGAAGGGGUGCUGACCUCUACCAUGUCCCAGCCCAAUGUGGUCAUCACCAGGGCUCCUGGCGUCCCAGAGUUCCAUAGUGGUGUCUUGGUUGCUGCAGACCUUGGUCAUGCUACUAGUAGCCAGCCAUCCCCAGCCUCCCGGCUCUUCUCCCCAAGUGCUGUGCAAGACUCCUUGGUGAAGGGGGAGCAGAUCUCUCUGCACGGAAGUGCUUCCCAGAUUGCCUCUCCAUCUUCCAGCCGAGAUUGUCCGAACUCUGGUCAGGCCUCUCCUUGUGCAUCUGAACAAAGCCCCAGUCCUCAGUCUCCCCAGAACUGCUCAGGGAAAUCCGCUACAGACCCCCCAAAUGUGGCUGCAUUCAAGAGCCGGAGAAUGAAGCACAUUUCAGCUGAACAGAAGAGACGUUUCAACAUUAAGAUCGGCUUUGGAACCUUAAACAGUUUGAUCUCCAACAACUGCAAGCUGACCAGCCAUGCCAUCACCCUGCAGAAAACAGUAGAGUACAUUGCCAAACUUCAGCAGGAGAGAAGCCAGAUGCAGGAGGAAGCGCGGCGCCUUCGGGAGGAAAUUGAGGAGCUAAACGCCACCAUCAUCUCCUGUCAGCAGCAGCUCCCUGCCACAGGGGUCCCUGUGACUCGUCGCCAGUGUGAUCAUAUGCGGGACAUGUUUGAUGAUUAUGUAAAAAGUCGGACUCUACAGAAUUGGAAGUUCUGGAUUUUCAGCAUCAUCAUCAAACCAUUGUUUGAGUCGUUCAAGGGCAUGGUGUCCACCACCAACCUGCACGAGCUCCAUCAGAGCGCGCUCUCCUGGCUGGACCAGCACUGUUCCCUCCCUGUUCUCAGGCCAAUGGUUCUGCUCGCCCUCCGCCAGCUGAGCACCACCACCUCCAUACUCACGGACCCAUCGCAGUUACCGGAGCAAGCCUCGGAGGCCGUCAGCAAGAGGACAGGGGCCUCGCAGCAGCCCUGAGCCCCUGUGCCCACUCAGGGAUCCCCGAGCCUGGCUCCUUGGUUUUCCCCCAAACCCUGCUUCCCGGCCUCCGUGGGACUCGCCUCUGAUAACGGUUUGCGUCUCAGCAGAACGGCCCAGCUCAGGUUUGUAGCAGGUGGGGGUCCUGCCCACAGCAAUAGCCCGUCUGCUGGACCUCGGCGCGAUGGGGUUCCUGUGCUUCGUGACCUCAGGCAUCCACUUCUCUGGGAUUCAGGCGGCGAGAGCUGGUCCAGAAAAAGGGAAAUGUCUGUGCUUGAUCAGCCUGGGCCCGACCCUGCUUCACUCCAGACCAGCUUUUCUGGAAGGCUGGGGGAGUGCAACGGUUUUGGGACAAAAAAAGGGAGCCUCUGUCCUGCGGUUGGUUAAAGCCUUCUCCCCGUCAGCGCUUCCAGGCUCGGGCUCGUGUUUCUCUCUCCAUACUUUGUGGUGGUGAGGAGGGCUGCUUUUCUCCGGCUCCGCCUCUCCUGAUGUAGCAUUGGAAGGUGUCUGCCGGCAACUCGACAUGCACCUGUAGCUUGUAAAUACACUCAGACUUCUGUGGGCAGCCCUGCUGCGGGCUGCCCCAUGUCACCGCAUGGCAGGGAGUUGGUGGGGAGGAGGGGGUGCCUUCUUGGGGAGUGCUCAGGCUGCCUCAAGCACCGGGUCAUUCUGGGGCAGGGAUAGAAGAAACGCAAAAAGCCACUGCCUCCGUCUGGAAAAUGGGGAUUUGAGAGAGGCAGCGGGCCACGGGGCGGCUCAUGUAUUAUCAGGGACGUGAGAACUGAGUGCGGGGCAGGGGGGCCCUCAGCCUUCACCCGGCAACGGGACCCGCUGUUUCCCUCCCCUGGCUUGUGAGCUCCAGGUACUGAAGGGAUUGAGAGCCUUUUACAAAACAGAGUAGAGGCUCCAGAAGAAGCCACUGUUCUUAAACACCCAGGUCAGUGUAGCCUCGCUCCAAGAUCGAUCUUCCGCAGCCUCGCAACCCUAGAUUUUCGGACCAAAGAAAUUCCUCUGGGCAAAGUCUGAGCAGAGGGAACCCGUCUAGCUCGCCCUUCGGGUGGCUGAGGUUUUGUACUAGAUAGGUCUUUGGAAGCAUCUGUGGAUCGGGAGGUACCUGAGCCCCUGAUCCAGGGGGAGGUCCCACCUGUGGGGACUGGCCCAUCUGCGAGUGACCGGCCGUGCUGGUAGGUGGAUCUUUUUAAAAGAGAAAAGCUCUCAUUAGGACCGAAAGCACUGGGAAUGUGUGGCAUGCAGAAGCUUGCUUCCUAGCUGGUGACCCUCCAUGAGACAGUUUCCAUGUGGCCUCUGUCACCAUCACAGAGCUUUACUCCAGUGGUGAAAGCCAGCCCUGCUGCUGCUGCUUCCAGCUAGAAAAGUGAGGGGGGGAAUUAUCCCAGUCCUUGGGAAAGUGUCCCAUUGUUCCCCCUUUUAAAAAUAUGCCAGAACCACUUAAUUUUUCCUGAAGGUGAUAGGUAAGAGGCUGCUUUCUCCACUCUGCUGCCGGGGUUAGGCAGUGAGCGUCAUGUGUGACGAUUUUGGGCCGAGCUAAUCCUUCAAAGUUCUGGGUGGUCUUCUCAGUUCCCCCCUUCUCUCAUCCACAUUUCCACUGCAAUAUAGGUAGAACUGAGCACAUUUUAUUUCCACCAUUUGGGGGCCUGGUUUACCUAGAAAGUAAUCUUUUGUUUCUCUGAUAAAUGGGGCAUCCCCCUCCAGGCCAAGAACACGUCUCAGCAUUCAGUUAGCCCUCUUUGGACUUGCUUCCUGAUUGGAAAUUUGGAAAAAGGACUGCAGCAGUAGCACAAGGUCCUUAGGGAGUUACCUACCUUUCGAUGUGAAAUUAGGAAGGUUCAGGGAAGCAGACAGGAGAAGCUGAAGGGAGAAAGAGGGCUGGUAGGGCUUUCCCAAAAGAGAAAGACUUUUCCCAGAGGAGGCUUGCCCCUCAGACUAGAGUAGGAGAGGAGAGAUGUCCCUCCUCUGAGAACUUUUAAUUCAGAUCAGCAGCAGAUCAAAAGGGAAUUUAGCCACCCACCUUUCUAGAUUUGAUUGUGUCCCUCGGAGCCAGCUGUUCCUUGAACAGCUUUUCUCUGGCAAACCCAUUCUUCACAGCAUCAGACCCCUCUUGGCUUAGUGUGAGUUAUCCAGCGUGAAAAUGAAUCCUGCUUGGGCGUUGGGGCAACAGAGCAAGUGGUGAAGAGGAACGCAGCCUUGGCUUUGUCUCUCCAGCCUCUCCUGCACUGGCUUUGUGGGCUGCUGGGGAAGGGGCCCGAGCAAAGCUGUUGUCAUCAGUACUGCCCAACAGCACUCCAGAAGGGGGGUGGGAGUGGGGAGGGGCCUGGGGGCGUGGGUAAAGAGGGGACAAGCAGACUUUCAAUCUUCUCCGAAUGUGAAAUUGGCAUUUUGCUUUUCUGACCUGCCUUUCCCUUCUACUAAAUCAGUGUUCUCGAAAUAUUUAAGGCAGUAAGUAGGUUAGACUUCAUGAAGUAUAUGUGUAUGUGAAUACUCACAAAUUGUAUAAUAAGGUGCAUGUUUUCAUUGUUUACCCAUUUACUUAAAUUCAUUUAUCCUGGUGCUCAUGAUGGCCAUGGUGAUUAGGAAGCAGUUGUAACUGGGACUUCAGAGAUUGAGGGCCCUGAGGUUUUCCUCUGAAGGUCCCCUCUGAUUGGGUUUGAAUUUGCCUUCUCUUAUCAACUUGCAGGGCAGAGAAGGGUUGGGAAGUUUCUAGGGUUUGGUCUGCUGAUUUGGUGCAGAAUCUGGGAUUGUUUUAGCCUGCUGCCCAGGGAAAUGGACAGAGAGCAACUCUGACCUUGUAUCUGUGAUUUGUUUACACUCACUUUUCCCCUUUCUCUCCCCUCCUGCUAAAGAAACAGCUGGGUCUUUUGAGGGGAAAAAAAUCAGCUCAGAAAAGUCCCCUCUGCCACACAAAUCUCAGAAAGUGCUUUUCUAAUACCGAACAUCUCUCUGAUCAGCAUUAUCAGUUCUUGUUUCAUGAUGAGCAUCGGAAGUGUGAAGACGCUGGCUAAAGCGGACGUUCAGUGGGGUUUUCUGUGCAUUCUGACUUUGGUGUACUUCCUCCCACCACCCUCUCCCAGCCUCCCCCCACAUCCCUCCACGUGGGUUUACAUAAUCUGAAUGAUGCUUUAUUGCCUAAUUAGGGUUGCCUUCAUCAUGCUGCAGGGUGGUGUUUGGGUUUCUGUUUUCCACAGGACAAAUAAAAGUGUUUAUGAGGAGAAAAUGUCACCGAUAGAAAGCCAGUGAGUAGAGAGGAGUGCGAGAAUAUAAGGCAGGCGUGAGAAAAACGCCCAAGAGUGCCAAAUAUGCCUGAUGCGCCCGGCGCCGGCCCAGGCUGGGAUGUAGGCGGCUGUCAGUUCUGUCUGGGAAGGCUCUGCUUGGCUCCUUCCAUCCCACGCUGCUCUGGAGAUCACAUCCACAGGAAAUAGUCUCCAUAAUCCAGGGCUGAAGCAAGCCUGGUCUCCUGUCUUCGACCAGAGCAGGUAGAAAAAAGGUGCCCAAAUGCCCGGCACUCUUAGGCGGGCUGCAGAGGAGCAUCUGCCAAAAUGUUGUGAAAGCUUCCCCGUUCUCCGAGGCCGCCACUUCGGCCCUAUUGUUUUCUCUUCUAAGAAUCUCCUGGAGCCGGGAAAGUUUCCCUAAGUACUGUUGCUGCCCAGUGGGGGCAGUGGGGAGGGUAUGUAUCGAUAGGGAACUUAAGGGAGUUGUGGUAACCAUAGCAACAAAGCAUCCUGCUGGUCCAAGGCUGAGACAACUUUGGUCAUGAUGGCUCCACCCUCGUGCCUUCCUCCUCUCUUCCCUAGGGAUCAGGGCCAAAACCAGAUGGAGAUGCUAACAAAUACACCUCAGGGACUCCACAGACUUCUGUUUAAUCUCCUGUCUUGGGUGUCAGAGGGAUCCGGCGAGAUUUCUUCCAGGUGCCCAAAGCCCAGCUCUGUGUCUAGAAAGUGAAAAAGGCAGAUGGAGUUUGCAGUGAUGUUUUGCCUUGUCGACCACGUUCUCUGCUGGGUUUAGGGUAGGCUGUGAGAUGUUGUGAAACCGUCUGGCUCACUACUGGUUUUUCUGGUCUCAGUUCUUUCAUAUCUCACUUGCCACCAAGACAAGCAGAUCAAGAAACCACCGCUGUGGAUGCACAGAAGGUGAUGCUCACUAACUACCUCUCUGGGUGGUGUCCUCCCCGUGACAUAGCAUUUGUGCUCCGUCCCAGGCCGUUUCCUUAAAAGCCCUUAGUUCCUUUGUGUGCUCUGAGAGGGAGAGCGCCUUUCCUCGGGAGUCUCCAGCAAGGCUGUGAGGAGAAGCAGUAAGUGUAAUAAUCCAGAGCACGUUUUAAACUUAUUCUAGCGCCUUCACCUCCGUGAUCUCACCCCAUCCUUGUGGUAGCCCCGUCAGAAAGGCCCAGCAAGUAUUAUCCCCAUUUGACAGAUGAGGAAAUGGAAACCUUGGGGACAUGGCCUGAUUUUGGAAGGUGAAGGAUCCUCACUGUGAUUGGCUCUUCAUUCCAGUUAUUAGGGUGAGGUUUGUACCUUACCCAAGAGGAUAGAAGAGGAAGUCUGGCUGUGAAUUUGAAGUAUUGAAUAAUCCCUGGGGCCCAUGUGGAGUGAAUAAUCCACGGGACCCUUGUGGAGUCUGUGAAGGCCCUGGCCAAGGCUCCCAAAGCCCAUGGCACAGAAGGCCACCUGUGCUGGGGGAGAGGGGAGACUCAGACCAAGGGAGGGGGCCUGCCUUCCUAGCUCUUACCAAAUGACUUGCUGGUGCUCAUGAAAAAAAACAACUUGGGGGAAAAAGGGAAACUUUUAUCUUGAAUGUCUUUUUUUGUUUUUGUGUAGUUUAGCUAAAUGGAAUUUAAAUUUUGUGUGACUCACUUCUUUUUAUGUCAUCAUAUGAUAACACUUAUUUUUUCCCUUGUUCCGACUUUCUCUCAGAUGAGUGAGUCUGAAAUCAGAGUCUGAGAAAGUUUGAAAUACUCUUCUCUGGGUUUUAUUUUGCUUUGGGUUUUAGUAGAGAUUAGGAUGUCUCUGGAAGUAUGAGAGUAAAGGGACUGAGGAGAAGCUAGAAUUUUAAAUAUUUCAAUAUUAAGAUUAUAGAGUUGAAAAGGACCCCAGAGGCCUUCUAGUCCAAUCCCCUCAUUUUUUAUUUGAGGAAACUGAGGUCAAGGGAGAUUAAGUGAUUUUACCCAGAGUCACACAGGAAGUGCCAGACCGGGAAUCUUAUCUCUGGGGCAUCUUCACCUACAGUUUGUAUUCUACUCAUACACCAGAAUGAGCUCUUAGCUCUCAGCAAUGAGAGAGAUUCCUGGCCUCUCCCAUCAGGCUUCAGGAGUUCCCCAUGCUGAUGGUCAUUUUUUUACGUUUCUAAAUUGUUCAUCAACAAAAGGAAAACUGAAUUCGGAGUUUUUUACUGUAGCACCACAGUGUGAUAUACUGUUACUUUUCUGGUUUUAGUUUAUUGCAUAAGUGGGUUUAUUGUGAGUUUUGUUCAUUCUUUCAGGGUUCAUUUCAGCAAAAAUUUCAGAUUUGCUUUGGGAUAAACUUCAGACAAUAGAAAUCUUUACAUCCCUUUGUCUUUGUGUGAAAGGCAGUCCCACUGCGCCAUACAUCACCCUCUCCAUUUUUCUGCUAUCCAAAAGCACAUUUCCACCAGCUGUAUUCAACACUACAAUGCAUUUUUUAUAUAUAUUUGCAGCCAAAACAAUAAAAACUUAUUUUUUGGAAGA